AAACCGACCGUUGUCAUCGUCCCUGGUGCCUGGCACCUCCCAAACUCUUUCAGUCUCUUGAUAACCGAACUCACCCAGCGCGGCUACCCUUGCGAGGCUAUUAGGAACCCGUCGGCCGGCGCCAACCCCACCGACACCAACUUUUUUGAUGAUGUCUCCAAUCUGCAGAAGAAGCUGAGGACGUUGCUGGACAACGGCCGCGACGUCAUCUUGGUCUCACACUCGUACGGCGGCACCGUCGUGGCGCAUGCGCUCAAGGACGAGGCCGAACUCGCCGAAAUGCAGAGCAAUGGCAGAAUCCUGUCCUUGGUGUACAUUGCGGCGUUUGCGCUGAAGCCUGGCGAGACCGUUUUGGAAUUCAACAAACCAGUGGACCGGGAGGCCUGGUCGCCGCUCGUGGACGGCGUGCUCCCCCCGCCUGAGGCGGAGCUGUUCUACAGUGACAUGCCUCAAGUGAACCAGUACAAAUGGGUCAAGACGUUGCUACACCAGCCCGAGUCGGUCUUCAUGGUUCCAGCCGAGGGCGAGCCAUGGAAAUGCUUGCCGUCAAUGUACGUCUUGACUGAACACGACAAGAUUGUGUAUCCGUGGCGCCAGGAGUUGAUGGUUGAGCGUAUGGGCAAUGACGUGCAGAUUGUGCGGCUGAAUUCCGGACACUCGCCUUUCCUAAGCAUGCCAGGCAAGGUGGCCAAUCUAUUCGAACGCGCG